AUGAGUGAUAAUAAAGAAUUUCAACCAGUGACUGAAUCAACUGCCCCCAAAACGCGACAAGUAAACCCAUAUGGUCCAAACCCUGCGGAUUAUCUGUCUAACGUUGAGAAUUUUCAACUGAUUGACUCUACUCUGCGUGAAGGUGAACAAUUCGCCAAUGCAUUUUUCGAUACUGAGAAGAAGAUUGAAAUUGCCAAGGCCCUAGAUGCCUUCGGUGUGGACUACAUCGAAUUGACCUCUCCAGUCGCAUCUGAACAAUCAAGAAGGGAUUGUGAGGCUAUCUGUAAACUGGGCUUGAAAUCCAAAAUUUUGACCCACAUCCGCUGUCACAUGGAUGAUGCUAAGGUUGCAGUGGAAACUGGUGUCGAUGGUGUCGACGUGGUUAUUGGUACUUCAAAGUUUUUGAGACAGUAUUCUCACGGUAAAGAUAUGAACUACAUUGCCAAGAGUGCUGUUGAGGUGAUAGAGUUCGUCAAGUCCAAGGGUAUUGAAAUUCGUUUUUCAUCUGAGGACUCUUUCAGAUCAGAUUUGGUCGACUUGUUAAACAUCUACAAGACUGUGUCUCAAAUUGGUGUCAACAGAGUCGGUAUUGCAGAUACGGUUGGAUGCGCCAACCCAAGACAGGUUUAUGAGCUAAUAAGGACUUUGAAGAGUGUUGUAUCUUGUGAUAUUGAGUGCCACUUCCACAACGACACCGGCUGUGCGAUCCCUAACGCCUACUGUGCCCUAGAGGCAGGUGCAAGAUUAAUCGAUACAUGUGUUCUUGGUAUUGGUGAAAGAAACGGUAUUGUACCAUUGGGUGGUCUAAUGGCACGUAUGAUUGUAGCAGCACCUGAAUACGUCAAAUCCAAAUACAAGUUGCAUAAACUCAGAGACCUAGAAGUUUUGGUAGCAGAAGCCGUGGAAGUUAAUAUUCCAUUCAACAAUCCAAUUACCGGAUUUAGUGCAUUCACUCAUAAGGCGGGUAUCCAUGCAAAGGCAAUUUUGGCCAAUCCAUCUACUUAUGAAAUUCUAAAUCCUCACGAUUUCGGUAUGAAACGUUACAUCCACUUUGCUAACAGAUUAACAGGUUGGAAUGCCAUCAAGACUCGUGUUGAUCAAUUGAAUCUAAAUCUAACCGAUCAGCAGUGUAAGGAUGUUACUCAAAAGAUUAAAAAAUUGGGUGAUAUCAGACAAUUAACGGUUGACGAUGUCGAUUCUAUUAUCAAGGAUUUCCACGCAGAGGUGUCCACUCCACAACUACAGCCAAAGAGAGAUAACGAUGAUAUACAAGAUGAAAUUUCGGAAGAGCCAGCAACUAAGAAAUCGCAUCAAUGA